AUGAAAGUCCAAUACAACUCCGUCAAACGGUGGGCCUUUGUCCUGCCAACUACUACAGUCGCUUCAUGGCUUGCAAUGCUCGGGGCACUUUUAGGCUCCUGGUUCACAUCCGGCCAACCACGAUACUCGUCCGAAGAGAAGACACAAAGUAUAGCAUUCCUAUCCGACAUUGGCGCACAACACCUCAAACCCAUAUUUAUAACCUGCACAUCAAUAGCAAUGAUUACAUACAUCCCCACCCUUAUCUUCUACUUUUACCACAUGAGUCCCGCCCGAAUCCCAUUAUCAUCAAGCUCCGAAUCCAUAGUCCGAGCCAAUUCACUACCGUCCAUAUACUCAACACCUCCAUCGCUACCAGUACAAUACCAAACCCAACAAAAGAAAUGGCACGACUCACUCGUCUUUCAAAUCAGCGUCCCAAUUCUGAGCAUCCUCUUCUCGCUCGUCGGAGCUACAAAUCUGAUCCUCCUAACAAUCUUUGACACUGCUCGGUACACCUCCGCGCACCAACUCCUCCUCCCAAUAAGCAUCUCCUCUCACAUCCUCGGCUGCCUGAUCCUCUGCAUCUGGACAAUGCUCUGUCUCCGGCAAUACCGCGCUCAACGACUCUCCAAAUACGGUGGCAUCUACUCCGGUGAUAAAUUCACCGUAGAGCUUUACACACCGCAAAUUCCCAUCUCCUUGCCCAGUCUCGCCAUAAAAUCUGUUAUAGUGGUCAUUGAGAUUGGUCUUGUAGCUUUGUUUGCGGUUAUGAGCUGGUGGCUUGAGAUGUUUGAUAACGCUGCGGUUCUGGAGUGGGUUGUUGUUUUGAUGUUUGCAGGAUAUAUGUUGUGUUUGAUUGUGGAUUUGUGGGUUUUAGAUAAAGAUAUGUUUCAUGGUAGAUGAUAUUGAUCAUUAUCUCAGCUGCGAUAGAUUUCACAACCACCCAGCCUUCUAUGUUGGAAUAUAUCCCAUGUUUUGAUGGAAAUUGUUGAUGCUCUUAUACAUAAGUGUAGAAUAUUAGUUAUUCCGUUUCACCUACCCAGCACACUGGGGAUAUCCCUUUUACUUGCAUGUAAUUAUCCCU